GCGCAGGCAGCUGUAGCGAGAGGCGACCCUUUCCGGCCGCGCGGGCCUCAGGCCACCCGACUCCCUCAACUGGAGUGGAAGUGCACUCUCGCUGCGACAUGGACACCCCCCCGCUGUCAGGUUCGGACUCGGAUUCUGACGAGUCUCAGGUCACAGACCGAGAGUUGCAGGAUGCGUUUUCCCGAGGGCUCCUGAAGCCAGGCCUCAACGUGGUGCUAGAUGGGCCGAAGAAAGCUGUGAACGACGUGAGUGGCCUGAAGCAGUGUUUGGCUGAAUUCAAGCGGGAUCUGGAAUGGGUUGAAAGGCUUGAUGUGACCCUGGGUCCCGUGCCGGAAAUCAGUGGACCUCGGUCAACCUCUGAGAACAAGGAUCAGAAAGCUGUUGAUCCGGAAGAUGACUUCCAGCGGGAGAUGAGUUUCUACCGGCAGGCGCAGGCUGCUGUGCUUUCCGUAUUACCCCGCCUCCAUCAGCUCAAAGUCCCUACCAAGAGGCCCACUGACUAUUUUGCAGAGAUGGCCAAGUCGGAUCAGCAGAUGCAGAAGAUUCGGCAGAAGCUGCAGGCUAAACAGGCCGCCAUGGAGAAGUCUGAGAAGGCCAAGCAGCUGCGAGCACUUAGGAAGUACGGGAAGAAGGUGCAAACAGAGGUUCUUCAGAAGAGGCAGCGAGAGAAAACACACAUGAUGAACGCCAUUAAGAAAUACCAGAAAGGCUUUUCUGAUAAACUGGAUUUCCUUGAGGGGGAUCAGAAACCUGUUGCACGGAGAACGAAGGAAGGAGCCAAAGGCCAACAGAUGAAGAAGGGACCCAGUGCUAAGCGACGCUAUAAAAACCAGAAGUUUGGUUUUGGUGGAAAGAAGAAAGGCUCUAAGUGGAACACUCGUGAGAGCUACGAUGAUGUAUCCAGCUUCCGGGCCAAGACAGCUCACGGCAAGGGCCUCAAGAGGCCUGGAAAGAAAGGAUCAAAUAAGAGACCUGGAAAACGAACAAGAGAGAAAAUGAAGAGCAGAGCACGCUAAGCAGCACCUUUGUAUACGAAGAACCAAGAAAAAGGGAUGCAGACUUGGGGUUUCACAAUGCAGUUGGAUCUUCUAUUGGUUUCUUUUUGUAACAGUUCUUUUAUAAACUGAAAUAUUUUCAAAGAAACACCUCCCCUUGGUUAAAAACUGAGAACUUAAAGACUAAGAGGUUACUUUUACGUAUUAAGUGGGAUUGCUGUUUGUUGAUAACAGUUUAGACUUUGAGUCCAAAACUGCCUAACUUUUAUAAUAAAUGGAGAUUUAACUUAUA